CAGGAUGGAGCCGGCGGUGGAGUCCCAGCAGGACCAGGGGACAGGGGGGAAUCUGGGGACAGGGUGCAGGCACAGAGAGAUGGCCCUGAAGUGGUUCAUGGAGACUCAAGCUCCUCUCAUCCUCCAUGAGGGAAAUUUCCCCUCCUGGUUCGAAGGAUUCAUCACCAGAAGAGAUGCGGAAGAGAUGCUGAGAGACAAAGAACUGGGUUGUUUCCUGAUCCGACUCAGUGACAAAGCCAUGGGAUACAUCCUGUCAUACAGAGGCCGUGAUCGAUGCAGACACUUUGUGAUCAACCAGAGUAAGUCAGGCCAGUUCAUAGUGUCUGGAGACACAGAGGAGCAUGAGACCCUGGGAGAACUGAUAGAACACUACAAGGCCAGCCCCAUAGAGCCCUUCAGAGAGUACCUGACCUGUUCCUGUCUAGAGUCUUCCAGAGGAGAAGUCUAUGACGUCAUCAAAGUCAACCUCAGAGAGAAGCCGGGGGUCAGUGUGAGAGCUGUGAGGAGCCUGUGGGACGCACAGAGUGACCAGCAGGGUGACUGGACCAGGGAUAGUCCUAGCGACCACACCGAGGAGCACCCUCCUCCUCCCACACUGCCUCCCAAAAGCAGCAGGAAACCAGAGGAAGAAGCCUCUGUGCCAACUGUACCUAGAGUACCACCUGUGCCUAGAAGGGCCGGUCCUUUGAAGAGCAGUUCCCUGGAUUACCAACAAGGUAGUGCUCAGAGAAGGGCGUUGUAUGCCCAGCUGGAGAAGCACAAGGCCAUGAAUCCCCAACCCAGGAGCCUGGAGGGUCUACCCAGAGCUCUAGAAGGAAGGGCUGAAGGCCUGGGUCCUGUAGCCCAACAUCAAACCCCUCCUCAGAGGGGGGGCAUCCCCAGUGGUAAACCUGGAGCCCCAGGCCCUGCCUCAGCCCCUGGACCAGACCCAGGCACAGUCUACUCAGAGCUACUCAGCCUGCUGGACUGCAAGAGUAGGUCUCUGCCUCUCCUGGACCUGGAUCCUGACUCAGAGGAGGGGGCCAAUAACUCCUACAGGCUGAGCACACCUUCUUUUACUCCCCCAAGACUCUCCCCCAACCCCACUAAACGGACCACUAGCCCCUCCCUUCUGGACCAGAGCUACCCAUCUGGACCUUCCCUUCUGGACCAGAGCUACCACAAGGAUACCUCCAAGAGACCUCCAAUAAUCAGCCACAGUCUGGAACAUCUGUGUAACAGCCCCAUACCUGCCCUCGUGUAUCAACUGGCAGGUAGACCCAGGGACCAGGAAGUAACCAUGACAUCAUCACCACAGGAAGAGGUAGCUAACAGUCUGUACGCUGAGGUCCCUUGUGAGCCGGUCCUCCGUCUCCUACUGGACGACACCUACGAACACAUACCAGAGUUAGGACUGAAAGGAUCAGCCAGACCUUAUGAACACAUACCAGAGUUAGGACUGAAAGGAUCAGCCAGACCUUAUGAACACAUACCAGAGUUAGGACUGAAAGGAUCAGCCAGACCUUAUGAACACAUACCAGAGUUAGGACUGAAAGGAUCAGCCAGACCUUAUGAACACAUACCAGAGUUAGGACUGAAAGGAUCAGCCAGACCUUAUGAACACAUACCAGAGUUAGGACUGAAAGGAUCAGCCAGACCUUAUGAAAACAUACCAGAGUUAGGACUGAAAGGAUCAGCCAGACCUUCUGCUAACAACCACACCUAUGAAUCAGUGGAGGAGCUCAAGUCCAAACACACCACCUCUUCUUGGGGUAUAAAGGUGGGUACUGCAUCCAGAUAUGUCCAUGGUAAUGGUAGUGUGGUAGUGACAGUCAUACACUGCUAGAUCUGAUUUGAAUGUGAUGUCUGUUUAGUGACUGACUGUUCCUCCAGCUGUAUAAUGACUGACUGUUCCUCCAGCUGUUUAUUGACUGACUGUUCCUCCAGCUGUAUAAUGACUGACUGUUCCUCCAGCUGUUUAUUGACUGACUGUUCCUCCAGCUGUAUAAUGACUGACUGUUCCUCCAGCUGUAUAAUGACUGACUGUUCCUCCAGCUGUAUAAUGACUGAGAUCCUCCAGCUGUUUGAUGACUGACUGUUCCUCCAGCUGUAUAAUGACUGACUGUUCCUCCAGCUGUUUAAUGACUGACUGUUCCUCCAGCUGUAUAAUGACUGACUGUUCCUCCAGCUGUUUAUUGACUGACUGUUCCUCCAGCUGUAUAAUGACUGACUGUUCCUCCAGCUGUAUAAUGACUGACUGUUCCUCCAGCUGUAUAAUGACUGACUGUUCCUCCAGCUGUAUAAUGACUGACUCUUCCUCAGCUGUAUAAUGACUGAUUGUUCCUCCAGCUGUUUAUUGACUGACUGUUCCUCCAGCUGUAUAAUGACUGACUGUUCCUCCAGCUGUAUAAUGACUGACUGUUCCUCCAGCUGUAUAAUUGCUAACUGUUCCUCCAGCUGUAUAAUGACUGACUGUUCCUCAGCUGUAUAAUGACUGACUGUUCCUCAGCUGUAUAAUGACUGACUGGUCCUCCAGCUGUAUAAUGGCUGACUGUUCCUCCAGCUGUAUAAUGACUGACUGUUCCUCCAGCUGUAUAAUGACUGACUGUUCCUCCAGCUGUAUAAUGGCUGACUGUUCCUCCAGCUGUAUAAUGACUGACUGUUCCUCCAGCUGUAUAAUGACUGACUGUUCCUCCAGUUGUAUAAUGACUGACUUUUCCUCAGCUGUAUAAUGACUUACUGUUU